AUUAUCUUUUUCUUCUUCGUAGUGUUACAAAAAUUAUGUCUGUUUUAAAAGAAAAUGCUAUGUAUUAUCUUGCGGCAGCUGUUAGUGACUUUUUUAUUCCGGCUCAAAAAAUGUUAGAGACAGAUCCUGCACUUUUAGUUGAUAAAUCGAGACUUGCUCUUACGCGAUACGGCCAUCAAAUAGUUAUUGCAAACCUACUUACUACCAGAAAACGUGAGGUAGUCCUUAUUACUCGAGACUCGGAAUUUCCAAUAAAAUUGACAGAAGAUGAAAUUGCUGAAGACAAGGAAAUUGAAUCCAAGAUCAUUCCUGAAUUAGUGACAAGACAUCAUGAGUGGAUUCGUGAUGCGG